UGAAUUGCUCUCCAUGGUGCUGAAGCGCCUCUCAACGCAGGCUGACUGCUUGGUCUGUGUGUGUUGUGGACUUGUGAUGCUUGAACUACUCCCCUAAAGCUUAAUGCAUUUUAAUUUACUAAUUUAUUUGCCUUGGCAUUAUAUUUUUAAACAUUACUAUUUUUUUAAAUAAUUAUUAUGUUUUCUAACACAUCUUUCUAAUUACUGACCCAAAACUGCGUUUGGCUUUGGAUGAAGAUAUUAGGUUGCGUGUAGUUCUUAGAUUGGACUCAGAGGGACGCUAUUGGUUAGCGUUUUGUUGUUAUGCGUAGACAUACCCAACUGUGCCACCCCUUUAACUACGACAUAGAUCAGUCGGAAAGAGGUAAACGCCGAGUGUAGCAUUCGGAAGAAAGAAAGAGAGACGCAUUCAUGGAGAUGACGGUCUAAUUUAAGGGAACUUGGAAUAUAACUGGACGUAACGGAUUAAUCUUUCUUCUUCGAAAGGAUCUAUCUUUCGCCAUUUGUGUUCUUGCUCAGAGGAGAAACAUGUCGGACAGAACAAUAGCGCGGCAAGUACCACUACUGCUGUUUUUCCUGGCCGUGAGCUCGACGGCACAAGGGCAGGUCAGCUACUCUAUUCCCGAGGAAAUGGCGAAAGGCUCUGUAGUCGGAAACAUAGCGCAGGAUUUAGGUUUAGAUUUGAAAAGGCUAAAAUCUGGCAAGGCACGUAUUUAUUCGAAUGACAAAGCUGAUUACAUCGAGCUGAACAAAGACCGGGGUCUUCUGAUUGUGAAGGAGAGAAUCGACAGAGAGGCAUUGUGUGGGCAGACGUCGCCUUGUGCGUUGCACUUUCAAAUUAUUCUUGAAAAUCCCAUGGAAUUUUAUAGUGUAACUGUCGAGGUGACUGAUGUGAAUGAUAAUUCGCCGUCCUUUAAAAAGAAUGAUAUGAAAUUCAAGAUUAGCGAGUCUGCUGUACCCGGUGUUAAAUUUGUCCUGGAAAGGGCUAUGGAUUCUGAUAUCGGCACGAAUGGUCUACAGACGUAUUCUUUGAAUCCCAGUGAUAAUUUCGUACUUAAACUGCAAAACCAGGCAGAUGGUGGUAAAACGGCGGAGAUGAUUUUACAGAAACCUUUAGACAGAGAACAUAAGGAACAUAUUACAUUGAUUUUAACAGCAGUAGAUGGGGGAGAUCCAAAAUUAUCAGGCACGGCUGAAAUACAUGUCACUGUGCUGGACGUGAAUGACAAUGCGCCUGCUUUUACGCAUGCGUUAUAUAAGGCAACCAUCAGUGAGAAUGCACAGAAAGGAACCAUAGUAACAACAGUUAGUGCAACAGAUGCAGAUCAUGGUUCAAAUGGCAAAAUCACCUACUCGAUUACUAAUAAUGUGGACAAAAUACAUGAAUUAUUCGAAAUAAACGAGGAUGAUGGUGAAUUGAGAGUACUUGGCAAUAUCGAUUAUGAAGAAUCGCAUCACUAUGAGAUACACGUACAGGCAAGUGAUGAAGGUGGGCUUACCGAUUCCACCAAAGUUGUCGUUGAUGUUAUUGACACGAAUGACAAUAAACCAGUGAUCAAUAUCAUGUCGAAACUGACCACCAUUGCCGAGGAUGCCAAGCCUGGCACAGUGAUAACGAUGAUAAACAUUCAGGACCAAGAUUCAGCAGAAAAUGGCAAGGUCCACUGUUCAAUAGAUGACCACAUCCCUUUCACACUCAAGUCCACGUCAAAUAAUUUCUUUAGUUUGGUGACAGAUGACACAUUAGACCGUGAGGUGAAUCCAUCAUAUAACAUCACAAUCCUGUGCUCUGACGAAGGCUCCCCCUCCCUGUCAAGCAGCAUGACUCUCUCCUUACACAUAUCAGAUGUAAAUGACAAUGCCCCCGUGUUUGAGAAAAGCUCUUACGAGGCUUUUAUUAUGGAAAAUAACUCGCCUGGGCUUUCCAUAUUUACCGUGAAAGCAAAUGAUGCUGACUGGAAUCAAAAUGCUAGAGUGUCUUAUUUGUUAGAGGAAUCGUCGAUUAACGGUGCGUCAGUCUCUGGUUAUGUCUCUGUAAACGCGGAGAGUGGAGUGAUACAUGCUGUGCGCCCAUUUGAUUAUGAACAAAUCAAAUCCUUCACUUUUCGCGUUAGAGCUCAAGAUGGCGGUUCUCCACCAUUAAGUAGUAAUGCCAGUGUCAAAAUAAUGAUCCGAGAUCAGAAUGACAACGCGCCUCAGAUCCUGUACCCUGUGCAGACUAGUGGCUCAGUGGUAGCUGAGAUUGUGCCUCGCUCGGCAGAUGUGGGAUAUCUGGUCACUAAAGUGGUGGCUGUAGAUGUGGACUCUGGUCAGAAUGCCUGGCUCUCAUACAAGCUACAGAAAGCGACAGACAGGGCUCUGUUUGAAGUGGGCCCUCAGAAUGGAGAGGUCCGAAUUAUUCGCUCCAUCAUUGAUAAGGAUGCACUUAAACAAAAGCUCACUGUCAUAGUGGAGGACAAUGGCCAGCCCUCUCGCUCUGCUACAGUCAACGUUAACGUGGCUUUAGCUGACAGCUUCCCUGAAAUACUCUCUGAGUUCAAUGAAACGAAACAGGACCGGGAGUUCAGCGACAGUCUGACGUUUUAUCUCAUUCUAGCCUUGGCAGUUGUUUCAUUUCUGUUUAUAGUCUCUCUCAUAGCCAUACUGUCAGUGAAGUGCUACAGAUGGAAACGGGAAAGGAUGUUCUACAAGUCCAACGGUCAGCUUCCAGUCAUCCCGUAUUAUCCGCCACUUUACGGAGACGCAGGUGGCACAGACACUUUAAAGCAUGUUUACAACUACGAGGUGUGCAGAACUACAGACUCCAGGCGGAGUGAUUUCAAAUACGGUAGACCUAGCACUCAGAGCAUCAUUAGUCUGGACACCAGCGGAACACGGACUCUUCCGCACAAGAGCCUACUCUGUGAAGAUUCAGACGACCAGGUGAGGUUUGCCAGGCCACUGUUGUUUUUAUGGUGUACCUAUGUUUGUUUUUAUUUUCCCAGUCAGAGGGACAAAGGGGAUAUACUGUGGCAUGUUUAAAUAUACAAUAUGCACACUUGGAAACAUUGUGCGUCAUGGGCUUUGCGUUUGGUUGUUGCGCAUUACGCAUUCCAAAUACACCUGUGCACAAACGCAUAGCAAUACACCCACAUAUGUGAAUUGUUCCUGCAAUAUUUCCUCAGUGCUCUAAGGGACGCUGUUGAUCAGUGUUUCAAUCUGUGAAAGGCUUGGUCCACCCACUAGCUUGACGUUCAUAAACUCGCAGGCUCGUCUGUUUGUGCCUCAACGCAUUUGCAGGACGGUGUUCAUUGUAUUACGCACGUAGAAUAACGAAUGUAG